AUGGAGGCUGCGAUGCAUGCUGUCAAAUUCGAAGRCAAAUCCUACAGAUGUGCAGCACAGCUGUAUAAUGUCCCCACAACAACUCUGGUUGACAGAUGCAGUGGUCGUGUAACUCAUGGCACCAAAAGUGGCCCAGGAACCAUCCUUUCUCCAGAAGAUGAAGCUAAACUUGCUGCGUAUCUUGUCGACUGUAGCAAUAAAGGAUAUGGGAAGAGUAAAGACAUCAUAAUAUAUAUGGCUACCUCCAUAGCUAAGAAAAGAGGCCACAGCACUAAAGGUGGUUCACUUAGUAAAAAGUGGUGGCAAGGGUUCCUCAAGAGGCACCCAGAAAUAUCAAUGAGGGCCUCCCAAAAUUUUGGUGUUGUGAGGACCCUUGUCACCCAUAACAUGAUCCACACAUUUUAUGAGAGGCUUCUAGAAGCUAUGACCACCAAUGGUGGAAGUCUCUUGGAAAAACCAKCUCAUAUCUACAAUUGUGAUGAGAGUGGUUUUAGYUUUGAUSCCAUCRAUAAGAUUGUAGCAGCUGCGCGUGGUAUAAAACAUGUACCAAGAGUUUCAAAGGGGCAACACGAGAAGGUAACUGUCCUGGCUUGUGCUUCUGCAGAUGGCAAUACAAUGCCCCCCAUGUUCAUAUACAAAAACAAGUCUGGUAGGGUGCCUGCCWCCGUUCAAGAGGAAGCCCCUCCUGGAACCUUAUUUGCYGCCCAGAAGUCCGGCUGGAUAGAYAAAGAUCUAUACCUGAAAUGGUUUAAAAGUCUCUUUCUUAAACACAUACCAGCAGAACGACCUGUGAUGCUUCUAGUUGAUGGCCACAAGUCACAUGUCACUGAAGAUCUAAUCAAAGAAGCUGUGGCAAAUGGUAUUGUUAUUUUCUGUCUUCCUGCUCACUCUUCCCAUCUUCUUCAGCCGCUUGAUCUUUCAUUGUUUGGUCCUCUCAAGAGGGGCUGGGUCAAAGCGUGUGCAGCAUUCAACYAUGUAGCGUCAGUUGUUGUGUGUCAAAGAAACUUCGCCAAAAUCUUCAAUGUAGCUUGGCACACAUCAAUCACACCUGAAAUCAUACAAAGUGGCUUUAAAAAGUCUGGCAUCUUUCCAUACUGCCCAAACAAGUUCGACUACUCCAAACUUGCAACAUCCAUUCCUAGAGAAUCCAGUCAGAGUCAUGAAGUACCUAGAGAAGCCAGUCAGAGUCAUGAAGUACCUAGAGAAGCCAGUCAGAGUCAUGAAGUACAUAGAGAAGCCAGUCAGAGUCAUGAAGUACCUAGAGAAGCCAGUCAGAGUCAUGAAGUACAUAGAGAAGCCAGUCAGAGUCAUGAAGUACAUAGAGAGUCCAGUCAGAGUCAUGAAGUACAUAGAGAGUCCAGUCAGAGUCAUGAAGUACCUAGAGAGUCCAGUCAAAGUCAUCAAGUCACCAGUGAAGCAAUCCAAGCUGUUCUUGAUUUGUACAACCUCGAAAAGAUCUUAACAAAAGAGCAGAGAGAGAAGUUCAGGCGACGUAUGGAAAACGGAUAUGACCUGGAGGUCGACACGCUGUACCUGACAUGGAAGGAGCUGUUUGUUGCAGCAGGAGGUAAACAGAAUUCCAUGGAUGGCUGCCCCUGCAAUGGUGCGUGCAGUUGCUCCUGUAGAGGAUUUGGAUUUUGCGAUUGCAUAGCAAUCUCGUCAAAUCAAGCAACCCCAACACCUAAACAGACCACAGUCACAUUAGCACCUGUGCCUUACACUAUAAACUCACCAAAUGGUGACAUUUCCAUUGACGAAGAUCUCUGUGGGAUAAUGCUCGAGCCAAAACGAAAAACAUCAAAAAAAAAGCGAAAAAGAAACACGUCUACAGAUCCUGGGAACAAAUGUGUAACCAGUAAUGUAUUUCUUAAAGCCCUCCAAUCCGAGAGUGAUAGGAAAGAGAAGGAGAGAAAAGAGAAAGAGGAGAAGAAGAUCGAAAGAGAACAGAAAAGAACAGAAAAGAAGCAGUUAGCCGAAGAAAAGAAAGCAAGGAAACAAGAAGAAAAGCAGAAAAAAAUAGAAGAAAAAAAGAAAAAAAUGGAAGAAAAACAAAAAGAAAUAGAAGGAAAACAACAGAAGAAAAAAAAGAAAAGAAGACAACAAUUCUUGGAAGAAAUCAAGACCAGAUAUCAAUGUGGGAGAUGCAAUAGAGAAUAUGAUGAGGAUGAGGAGUGCGACUGGGUCGAAUGUGACUAUUGUGACACUUGGUAUCAUUACCUGUGCACUGACUUGCCAGUUCUUGACACCAUACAGGAACAACAAGAUUAUACCUGCAAAACUUGUGAAAAUAAUGGAUACCCCUCACAUAAUGAGUAGAAUUUGUAUAUUAACGUUAAGGUUUUUGUCUGUAAAAUUAAGAGGUUUUUUGUAAAAUUAAGAGGUCUUUUGUUUGUAAAAUCAACAAAGCAAACACAAAAUAUUUGAAAUUAUUAACUUUUUGCAUUAUGGAAGUAAAAGAAUGUUACUUACCAUUUUUUUUUUGUGUUCCUUUCAUGAAAUUUAUACUUGAACUUAUUUCAACAUGUGUUCAUUUCCACGUGCUCACAAGGACAUUAUUAUAAGAACUCACAAAUUUCGAGCCGUAUUUUGAAAAGAAAAGAAUAGAAACACCUUGAAAGUGAAGAUAAGUGAUUCAUAUUUAUCUUCCGGUUGGUUAAAACAGAAUUUUCUGCUAUUUUAUGCUGCUUUUUCGUGAAAAAAAUGUGGUGUGCGAAAAUAUGUCCUACGCGUUCGACGACAGGUUCCGAGUGUUCGAAUAUAGGUUUUCGUCGUUCGAGAUUGGGUUCGUGCGUUCGAGAAUAGGUUCCGACGACUAGUUAUCGAUUUAUUGAAUUUUCUCAGGAAAACAUCGAUCAAUUAAGCUAUAUUUUUGUUUACAAUUGCCUAAAGGACUAAAGAUUAUAAGCUAUCCAAAAGCGAAUCGUUUUUUAAUUUAUUUUAGGAGAAAGAACGACAGACAGGCAUCUUAUGAAAACCCACCUCAUAUAUAUGCACUGACAGAUAAUAUGUAUCGAAAUAUGUUGAUUGACUGUGAGAACCAGUGUGUAAUUAUUAGUGGAGAGAGUGGUGCUGGGAAGACAGUUUGUGCAAAGUUCAUCAUGAGUUACAUUGCAAAGGUUUCUGGUGGUGGACAAAAUGUUCAGAGAGUAAAAGAUGUCAUCCUAGAGUCAAAUCCUUUACUAGAAGCAUUUGGAAAUGCAAAGACUGUUAGAAACAAUAACUCUAGCAGAUUUGGAAAAUAUGUGGAGAUMCAGUUUACAAGAGGAGGUCAACCUGAUGGUGGAAAAAUAUCAAAUUUUCUUCUUGAAAAGUCAAGGGUGGUCACACAGAAUCCUACAGAAAGAAAUUUUCAUAUAUUUUAUCAAAUACUUCAAGGAGCAACAAGAGAGGACAAAGGUGCAUUUUAUACAGUAUUGCAUUUAUAAGUGUUGU